UCACAGCAGUAUCGGCGGUCAUUCCAUCUGUAAGGGAAGCCGGGUUCUGGUGAACAUGUGGGCCAUACACCACGACCCAGAACACUGGGACCAACCAGAGGACUUCAGACCAGAGCGUUUCCUAGAUGACAAGGGCCAACGCUUCACUCCUUCCUGUUUCAUGCCAUUUGGGGCGGGGCCUCGUGUCUGCGUGGGCGAAUCACUGGCCAGGCUGGAGCUGUUCCUGUUUGUGAGUGGUCUGCUGCAGAGGUUCAGCUUCGGCCCCGCCCCUGGGGUCUCCCUACCCGACCUGGAGGGGCGCCUAGGGGUGGUGUUACAGCCACUCAGAUACACACUCACUGUUACACCUAGAGCAGGCUGGGAG